UUAUCAUGGUACAUGACAAAUUUUAUGUUUUAUUUAUCAGCGAGUACAUAGCAUGAACACAAAGUGGUUAAGUAGCUACAAUUUAGAAACUGCUUGUUGUCGGUCAAGAGGAAACCUCCUGUAUAAUUAAACUUAGGUUCAAGAAAACAUGAACAGCCAAAACUUUAGUGUCUCGUCGAACGUGAGCCAGUCAGCAGACGGGCAGUAUGUUUCUGAGGUGAAAGUGUCGGGUAGAGGGAUUGAAGAUACUUUUCAACUGGCCGGUAAUGUAGGUGGCUCAGAGGUCACAACCACUGGAGAGGCGUUUCUAGUCGGAGAUCCGACAAAACAUGCAACCGUGCUUUUCUCUGACGAACCUUACACAGUGUAUGUGAUCAAUCCUGACUCAAGCUAUAAGAAAUCGUAUAGUCCAAGAUAUGGUGGUGUAAGAAGUAUGGCUAUACAAUUGACUGAUCCAGAAAGAGACGAAGUUAAAAGGAAAAUGAUGGCCUUCAGAGAGAGGUCAGUACGUAUGUUUCAAGAUAUUACUGAAAAUAAUCGUCAAUUGCAACAGUGGAUUCAAAACCAGGCCAUAAAUGAAACUCAAGGAUUGGGAGGUCACCUUCCGGGCAGCGGUUUACAACCUUAUCGACCUAUUCUACCCCCCGCCCCCCCUAGUCCACUAUUCUAUAACAACCAUACGCAGUUGUUGUCUAACUACGUUUCCCGAUUGAGUGACUACAGUAGACAAUUGCCUAGAUAUAUACCUCAAGUGCCUAGCUACUAUCCACAAUCCUACGGCUACACUCCACAAACGUAUGGCUACAAUUCUCUAUUGCCCAGCAACAAUCCACAAUCCGUUCGUUACAAUCCACAAUCCUACGGCUACACUCCACAAACGUAUGGCUACAAUUCUCAAUUGCCCAGCAACAAUCCACAAUCCGUUCGUUACAAUCCACAAUCCUAUGGCUACACUCCACAAUCGUAUGGCUACAAUUCUUUAUUGCCCAGCAACAAUCCACAAUCCGUGCGAUACAAUCCACAAUCUUAUGGAUACAAUCCACAGUAUUAUGGAUACAAUCCACUAUCGCCUGGCAGUCAACAACAAGGAGGGAUUAACCCCGCAUCUAGCACUUAUCCAUAUCCAACGUCUUCAAAGAGUCUAAGUGAUUGUAGGUGUUGUACAUCAAACUAUUAUUUAAACAAUUAAACUGAUUUGUAUGAAACAAUUUGAAGAAAUCAAUAGCUGAACACCAUUGCUUUGGAAUGAAAGUUAAAGUUAAAAACAUGAAUUUUACGUACACCUAUUUGUUGAU